AUGAGUAAAAUUAAAGUGAUGAGCGUAACAGGUAAUCCAGAUUUAUUACACUUCAAAAAUUUACAAUUGACAGAAAGAAAAAAGACUUAUGAGAUCUAAGAAAUGCAUGAAGUAAACAUAUUUAUAAUAAAUUUAGUCUGAAUAUGAUCAUCAAGUGAAACUGCUAAAAAGGGAUGCUUCAUUGAGAAUUUAAAUUAAGAGAUUACAACCACUUUGUAAUUAGGAACCUUUUACUAUGGAUGAUUCAUUUAUGUCUAAAACAGUUAAAAGGUUAAUAAAAUAGAGAUAAAAUAGACCCUUGUUAUUAAUUUAGAAUGGAACACCUACUGUACAUGCAAGUCGCAGAAUUAAAUUUACUCAGACUAUGAUUAGUUAAGCUUAUGAAUCCUAAUUAAGAUUUUUUAAUUCUAGAAAGAAUAGUAUAUAUAUAUGAUUAAUCAAUUUUAGCUUAUGUAUAAAUGAUGUUAUCAAUUGAUGAUUAAUUAUAUCCAAUUAUCAUUGAAUUAUUUAAUGAGUUUGCACCUAAAGCUUGUGAGAAUUUCACCAAAUUCUGUGAAGGUGUUAAUGUUGAAGGAAAGUUUUAUUCUUAUAAAAAAAGUAAAUUCACUAAAUACAAGCCUAAUGGUAUUAAUUUAAUUUAAAUUUUAGGGUUUAUUCAAGGAGGUUAGUUUGAUAAAAAAGUAUCUAUUUAUGGAGGAUAUUUUGAAGAUGAAUCUUAUGCAUUGAAACAUGAUUGUGAAGGUAUUAUUGGAUUUGCAAAUGAUGGAUUUUAACAUACAAAUCAUUCAUAAUUUUAUAUUACAUUAGCACCUAUGCCUUUUUUUGAUUAUAAAAGAGUAGCUUUUGGUAAAAUCAUAAGAGGAAUGAAAUAAAUAUUAAAGGUAUUGAAAUAAGAAUAACAUUUUGAUAUUGUUAUCUAUGAUUGUGGUCGUUAUGAUCAUUAAUAAUAAAUUAAAUUAAAAUUAGAAAAAUUUACUGAUGACUUUUAUUCUAAUCUACCAGAGAAUGCAUAAUCAUUUAAUAAGUUUAUUGAAGCAGAAUAAUUAAAACAUAAUGAAGCAUCAGGUGAUUUCACUUAAUUAGUUAAAUAUCUUGUUGAAUAAAUGAGAAUAAUAUCAAAAUUUGUAUAUUCAUUAACAAAUCUUAAGAAAGCAAUUCAAUAAUUAAAUGAAUCCUUUCUUAAAACAUAAUAUUGUCAAAUUCUAUAUAUAUUAGAUAAUUAAUAAACUUUAUAAGCAGAUAAUUAAUAAUCUAAAUAUAUUGUUGCAUUUAGAGCUGUUGAUGGUACAGAUUCAUGUAGAGCAUCAGCAUUCAUUAUUUUUAAGAAAUAAACUACUAUGUUUAAAUAAGUUACAUUAAAUGAUUUUAAAUAAUAAGCAGAAUAAAUUGUUUCAAUGGGUUAUUGUGUAUAUGGUUAAACAACUUAACUUGUAUUUGGAACUGGAUAUAAUUUAAGUAUGUUUACUUUAUAGAAUAAUGAAUUUAAAUUAUAAUAAUAAGAGUAAUAUAUGAUUUAAUAUUUAUAUAGGUUAUAAAUACCAAAGAAAGAAACAUUCUAUUCUACUAAUAUAAAAGAUGAUUUUUUACAAAAUAAAAUUAUUGCAAAUCUAUCAACCAAAGUUCUAAGAUAUACAGAUAGUAUUUUUACAACACUUCAUCGAGUUGUACGUCUUGGAGGUUUGGCUAUGUAUAAGGAGGUAUCAAUUUUUGAAGCCAUUAUCUGUGCAUUUACUCUAGCCAGAUCAUGGGGAUGGUCAUUUUGUGAUGGAACAAGUUAAUAUUAUAUUUAUUAUUUUAGCUACUUUUAAUUAAAUUAGAAUAAGAGACAUAAAUUAACUAACAUAUCUAUAUAUUGGUUAAUAGAAAUGGAUUUAAAAAAUAGAGAAUCAUUUCCUAUCAAUAGUUUGA